AUUAGUCUGGUCUGGUAUUCUGCCGCCAGUGCACGCGGGGUUGUGACUCGUUUGUGAUUGUUUGCCUGCGCAGUUUAAUAUCAGUAUCCCGUUGAAUAGCAGUCUCUUUUCUGUUUAUUGUUCGGGAAAAUGGCGGAUGCACAGGACGACAAGCUUUACAAAGCCGAGUAUGCGAAAAGUGGACGCGCUUCGUGUAAGAAAUGUAAAGAAAACAUUGCGAAGGACUCGCUGAGGAUGGCCAUCAUGGUGCAGUCGCCCAUGUUUGAUGGGAAAGUGCCGCACUGGCAUCACUUCUCCUGCUUCUGGCUCCGCGCGGCCGCGCAGUCCACGUCCGACAUCUCGGGCUUCACCGAUCUCCGCUGGGAGGACCAGGAGAAAGUGAAGAAAGCCAUCGAAAGCGGAGGGUCUGUCGGAGGUAAAGCUGAGCGUAAAGGAGCAGGUAAAGGGGAGAAGUCUCUGAAUGACUUCGCAGUGGAGUACGCGAAAUCCAACCGGAGCACCUGCAAAGGCUGUGACCAGAAAAUAGAAAAGGACCAGAUCCGCGUUUCGAAGAAAUCGGUGGACCCGGAGAAGCCUCAGCUGGGUCUGAUCGACCGCUGGUACCACACGGGCUGCUUCGUGAGCCGGCGCGAGGAGCUGGCGUUCAAACCCGAGUACAGCGCGGCUCAGCUCAAAGGCUUCGCCGCUCUGCGUGCCGAGGACCAGGACGAGCUGAAGAAGAGACUCCCUACUGUCAAGACUGAGGGGAAGAAGAAAGCCGACUCUGUUGAUGGAGCUUCUAAGAAGCAGGAAGAGGAGAAAAAACAACUGGAGAUCAGGCUGAAGGAGCAGAGCCAGUUGAUUUGGGGAAUUAAAGACAAGCUGAAGAAAUACUGUUCGGCCAAUGACAUGAAAGAGCUUCUGAUCGCUAACGGCCAGGACGUUCCCUCAGGAGAAUCUAACAUCCUCGACCGCCUGUCGGACUGCAUGGCUUUCGGAUCGUUGAAGCCCUGCGAGACGUGUCAGGGUCAGCUCGUGUUCAAGAGCGACGCCUACUACUGCACAGGAGACAUCUCUGCCUGGACGAAGUGCGUGUUCAAGACGCAGACCCCCAGCCGGAAAGACUGGGUCACUCCCAAGGAGUUUCAUGAAAUUCCCUUCCUGAAGAAGUUUAAGUUUAAGCGUCAGGACCGCGUUUUCCCCAAAGAGCCUCCCGCUGCUCCUGCCGCUGCUCCUGCGUCGUCCGCGGCCGCUUCGGCUUCUGCCUCCGCUGCUUCCAGCACCUCCGGCUCCGGUUUUCCCACCGAGCUCCCUACAGAAGUGCCCACAGAUAAGCCUCUGACCGGGCUGAAGGUGCUGGCUGUGGGGAAGCUGAGUAAGAACAAGGACGAGCUGAAGGCUGCAGUGGAGGAGCUGGGAGGAAAAAUCACCAGCACUGUUAAUAAAGCAACGUUCUGCCUCAGCUCCAGGAAGGAAGUCGAAAAGAUGAGUAAGAAGAUGGAGGAGGUGAGGGACGCCGGCGUGCGUGUCGUCGCCGAAGAUUUCCUCACCGAUAUCAAGUCCUCGGGGAAGGCACUACGAGAGCUCAUCUCCCUGCACGGCAUCUCACCCUGGGGCGCCGAGGUCAAACUCGAGGCCCAGGCUUCGUCGGUGGCCGCGAAGUCCAGCAGAGCCUCCAAGAGCUCCGGGAGAAGCAAAGAGGACGAGGGUGGCAGUAAGGCGAAGAAGAUGAAGCUUACGGUUAAAGGUGGAGCAGCAGUUGAUCCGGACUCAGGUCUGGAGGACUGCGCUCACGUGCUGGAUCAGAACGGGAAGAUCUACAGCGCUACACUGGGGCUGGUGGACAUCGUCCGCGGAACAAACUCCUACUACAAACUCCAGCUUCUGGAGGACGACGUACAGAAACGGUACUGGGUGUUCAGGUCCUGGGGUCGAGUAGGAACCAAGAUCGGAGGAAACAAACUGGAGAAGUUUUAUGACAAGAACUCGGCCAUGGAUAACUUCCGCAGCAUGUACGAGGAAAAAACCGGCAACUGCUGGACCUCGAGCAGCUUCACCAAAUAUCCCAACAAGUUUUACCCUCUCGAGAUUGAUUAUGGGCAGGAUGAGGAAGCAGUGAAGAAGCUGACAGCCAGCAGCGGCACCAAGUCUCAACUCGCCAAACCGGUACAAGAGCUCAUCCGCAUGAUCUUCGACGUGGAGAGCAUGAAGAAGGCCAUGGUGGAGUUUGAGAUCGACCUGCAGAAGAUGCCUCUGGGGAAACUGAGUAAGAGACAGAUACAGAGUGCAUACUCUCUCCUGACUGAGGUCCAGCAGGCUGUAUCCGAUAACGCCUCCGAGGCUCUGAUUCUGGACCUGUCCAAUCGUUUCUACACUCUGAUACCACACGACUUCGGCAUGAAGAAGCCUCCGCUGCUGAGUAACUUGGACUACAUUCAGGCUAAAGUGCAGAUGCUGGACAACCUGCUGGACAUCGAGGUGGCGUACAGUCUCCUGCGCGGCGGAGCUGAGGACAACAAGAAAGACCCGAUUGACCUCAACUACGAGAAACUCAAAACCACGAUCGAGGUGGUGGAUAAAUCAUCAGAAGAAGCUCAGGUUAUUCAGCAGUAUGUGAAGAACACGCACGCUGCAACGCAUAACACCUACACACUCGAAGUAGAAGAGAUCUUUAAGAUCGCCAGAGAAGGUGAGUACCAGCGUUACCGCGCCUUCAAAGAUUUACACAACCGCCAGCUCCUGUGGCACGGCUCACGCACAACCAACUACGCUGGCAUCCUGUCUCAGGGUCUGCGCAUCGCCCCGCCCGAGGCUCCUGUGACCGGUUAUAUGUUUGGUAAAGGUUUAUAUUUCGCUGACAUGGUGUCUAAGAGCGCAAACUACUGCCACACGUCCCAAGCGGAUCCCGUAGGCCUCAUCCUGUUAGGAGAAGUCGCUCUCGGCAACAUGCAUGAACUUAAAAAGGCUUCACACAUCACAAAACUGCCGAAAGGGAAACACAGUGUGAAGGGUUUGGGAAGGACCGCCCCCGAACCUGGCGCUACCGUCUCUCUUAACGGAGUGGACGUGCCGCUGGGCAAAGGCGCCAACACGAACAUCGAUGACACGAGUCUGCUUUACAACGAGUAUAUUGUGUACGACGUUGCUCAGGUGAAUCUGAAAUACCUUCUGAAACUCCGCUUCAAUUAUCAGACGUCCCUCUGGUGAGAGACGCCGUACCUGCAACCCUGAUCUCCACACUACCAUCAGUUCCUGAUGAAGUCCCGAUCUCCACAGCACCGUCGGCUAACCGCAAUAUCAAUAGUUCCUGUUAUUCACAUCUGUCCAUUUCUCUGCUUUAGUGUCCAGCUUCGGAUAAAUAAUACAAGUACUCUUGCACUGUAAAUAGUCUGUUACAGUAAAUGCUCUCUGCGUGACUUGUAUUGCCAUUUCUAUUAAAGAGAUGAUCAGCUGUGGGAUUUGAUCUAAUUGAGGUAUUUUGAAGGUUUUUGUGGAGAUUUCUGCGAUCCUACCAACAGUAUUCGGUAGAACUGUCUUCCAUUAGUUUUCUAGACUUUCUUUCUUUCUUUUUUUUUUUAACCCCCUCACGUUUGGGCAAGUUAUCUUGGUCUUUUCUCAUCGCAAAGUCUGAUCCUUGUACGCGUUGUUUUCUUUAGUGAAAACAGACCCAACAUACUGUACAGUUUUAGUAAUCGAUGGGUUUUCUUGUUCAUUAGAAGGUUGAUUGCUUAAACAAAUGGAUUAAUUGAAUGUUUACUAGGAUUCCUAGUAUUAGGGCUUUUAGAAAUAGCAAAAAAAAAAACUAAAAAAAAAACUAAACCAUUUAUAUGCUUUAAAUUCUGUGUACCUCACAGAUAUAUAUUUUUUUUCUGAAUUUACUAUGUGUAAAUGGUAGUAGAAGUUGGGAGUCAGGAUGGUCACUGAUUGACUGAAAGAUGGUUAAAAGCUCCGUUUUUGUUUUUCUUUUUAUAAUUUGGAAAUGUGAAUAAAAACAGUACAUUGGCCCAUCA